GAUCCUUUCGUGGCGUUCCACAUCAACAAGGGCCUUGUGAGAAAGUAUAUGAACUCUCUUCUGAUCGGAGAGCUGGCUCCAGAGCAGCCCAGCUUCGAACCCACCAAGAAUAAAGAGCUAACUGAUGAGUUCCGGGAACUGCGGGCUACGGUGGAGCGGAUGGGCCUCAUGAAGGCCAAUCACCUCUUCUUCCUGUUCUACCUGCUCCACAUCCUGCUACUGGAUGUGGCUGCCUGGCUCACUCUUUGGAUCUUUGGAACAUCCUUGGUGCCCUUCUUCCUCUGUGCAGUGCUGCUCAGUGUAGUUCAGGCCCAGGCCGGUUGGCUACAGCAUGACUUUGGGCACCUGUCAGUCUUUGGCACUUCUACAUGGAACCACCUGCUACAUCAUUUCGUGAUUGGCCACCUGAAGGGGGCUCCUGCCAGCUGGUGGAACCACAUGCAUUUCCAGCACCAUGCCAAGCCCAACUGCUUCCGCAAAGACCCAGACAUCAACAUGCAUCCCCUGUUCUUCGCCUUGGGCAAGGUCCUCUCUGUGGAGCUUGGGAAACAAAAGAAGAAGCACAUGCCAUACAACCAUCAGCACAAGUACUUCUUCCUGA